UAGUAUAAUAAAAUUAAUUAAAGUAAGGUAGAAAAUGUCGCGACGUUUACUGGGUCUAACAAAAAAUGUCUCCUUGUCGCAUCCAAUCAACGCUCAUAAAUUAUUGCUGAUACUAGAAAAGAAAAAAUUUAAAGGUUUUGAUAUUGAUACAUUUAAUACUAUUCUAUAGAUAAAAUUAGGGACAAUAAUCAUAGACAAGAUGUAUGCAUUGUCAAAGAGAAGUUUGACAAACACAGUUGUGAAAUUUCAACCAAUUGUUUCUAAACAAUUAGGGUUAAUUUCAUAUAAUAGUCAAAGAUAUAUUUCUAGUAAAGAUCUUACACCAAAACCAUUAGAAACUGAUUUCCCAUUAAUGAGUCAAAAGACUGCUUCAAGUCCAAUUGAUUAUGCAUUAACAUCAUUAGAUUCCAUUGCUAAUUGGGCUAGAAAAUCAUCUUUUUGGCCAGUUACUUUUGGUUUAGCAUGUUGUGCUGUAGAAAUGAUGCAUGUAUCAACUCCAAGAUAUGAUCAAGAUAGAUUAGGGAUUAUUUUUAGAGCUUCACCUCGUCAAUCAGAUAUUAUGAUUGUUGCUGGUACUGUUACUAAUAAGAUGGCUCCAGCUUUAAGACAAGUUUAUGAUCAAAUGCCAGAUCCAAGAUGGGUUAUUAGUAUGGGUUCAUGUGCCAAUGGUGGUGGUUACUAUCAUUAUUCUUAUAGUGUAGUUAGAGGUUGUGACAGAAUUGUUCCAGUUGAUGUUUAUGUUCCAGGUUGUCCACCAACCGCUGAAGCAUUAAUGUAUGGUGUUUUCCAAUUACAAAAGAAAAUGAUGAAGACUAGAAUUACCAGAUUAUGGUACAGAAGUUAAGUUGAACUUGACUUUAACCUUAUAGACCACAUGAAAAAAAAGAACAUACGUCCCAUGACUAAGUGACGACCACUCAAAAAAAUAUGCAUUUCAAUCAUAUUUGCUAAUUGCUAGCAAAAGUGAAUGAUCCUAACACUACCGUUUACCCAAAGAAUAGGAGAGUAAAUCUCUUCAUUAUUUGUACAAUAUCGAAUAAAGUACCUAAAUUACGGUAUAUUACAGUAUAAUAUUAUCGCCAUCGGUUACGAUUAUCUCAUUACAUUUUCCUUCUAUUUCCUUCUUUUCUUUCUUUUAUUUAAAUUAUUUAAAUUAUUCAUAAUAAAUACAUAUCAUUGAUAUUUUAUUUA